UUUUUUGGUUAAUUAUUUAAUAUUUUAUAUAAAAUAAAAAGAUGGAUGGUAGAAUAAUUGGGAUUCUUGGCGGUGGACAGCUUGGACGAAUGCUUGUUGAGGCUGCACAGCGAUUAAAUAUUGAGACAAUAGUUCUUGAUCCUGAUGUUGAUUCCCCUGCAAAACAGAUAAAUUCUUCGAAGAAACAUAUAAAUGGAAGUUUUUCAGAUUUUGAUAGUAUCAUGUCUCUUGCAAAUAAAUGCGAUGUUCUUACAAUUGAAAUUGAGCACGUUAAUGUUAAAGCUUUAGAAAAUAUCUCUUUAGAAGGAAGAGUAAAGGUGUAUCCGUCAUUUACCACUAUAAAAAUUAUUCAGGAUAAAUAUCUUCAAAAGCUUCAUCUUAUAAAAUAUGGAAAUCCAGUGGUUGAAAAUAUUGCUGUUAAUAGUACACUUGAAGAUAUUAGGUUGGCUGGAGAAAAAUUAGGCUACCCUUUCAUGUUAAAAGCACGAACUAUGGCCUAUGAUGGUCGUGGAAAUUAUAAAGUUGAUUGUUUAGAAUCAUGUAAUUCUUCAUUAGCAGCUUUUGAAAAGGUAUCUCUUUAUGCAGAAAGAUGGGUUUCUUUUGAAAAGGAAUUAGCAGUUAUUGUUGUGAGGAAUGAGGAUGGAGUAAUUGGUUCGUACCCCGUUGUAGAAACUGUUCAAUCUGAUAAUAUAUGUCGUUUUGUUUAUGCUCCUGCUAGGGUCCCUUCUAGCGUUUCUGAAAAUGCAAAGAGAAUUGCAGAAAAAUGUGUUCAAUGUUUUUCUGGGGCUGGUGUUUUUGGUGUGGAAAUGUUUUUGACUGAAAGCGGUGAUAUUAUAAUUAAUGAGAUUGCACCUCGACCUCAUAAUUCGGGUCAUUAUACUAUAGAUGCAUGUCCUACUUCCCAAUAUGAGUCACAUAUUAGGUCUAUUUUGAAUCUCCCAUUUUCCAAAGAUUCUUUUAUAUUUUCAACUCCUGAAACAUCUGCUAUUAUGCUUAAUUUAAUUGCAAAUGGCUCAAAAAUAGAAUACAUGGAAAUUUGCAAAAGAGCUCUUAAAGUUGAAGGUUCUAUAAUUCAUUUAUAUGGGAAAAAAGAGCCACGAAAAGGUAGAAAAAUGGGUCAUAUUACUAUUGUUGCUGCAUCUAUGUCUGAAGCAGAAAAUAAACUUUACAAGAUUUUUCCGUUUUCCGAGAUAUCUUCCUCAUCUUGUUUAUUAACUAAGGAGUUAUUUUCUUUCAGAAAGCCUUUAGUAGCAAUUAUUAUGGGAUCUGACUCUGAUUUACCAAUAAUGAAAUCUGCAAUUGAAAUUUUUAAGAAAUUUGAUGUCCCUAUAAUGGGUCCUGAUAUUGUAUCUGCACAUAGAACACCUAGAAAGCUUAUGGAAUUUUCUUGUAAUGCUGCUUUUAAUGGCUAUAAAGUUAUUAUUGCUGGUGCAGGAGGAGCUGCUCAUUUGCCUGGAAUGGUUGCUAGUAUGACAACACUCCCUGUAAUUGGAGUUCCAAUUAAAGGAAGUGCAUUGAAUGGCGUGGAUUCUCUUUAUUCUAUUGUUCAGAUGCCGCGGGGUAUUCCUGUUGCUACUGUGGCCAUAGGAAAUAGUACUAAUGCUGCGCUUUUAGCUUUACGUAUUAUUGGGACUGUAGAUAACAGGGUAAAAUUUUUGUUAGAUGAAUAUGCUCGAAAUAUGGAAGCUGAUGUCCUUUUAAAGAGUAAGAAACUGCAGGAUGUUGGAUGGGAACAUGUAAGUUUAUAUUAUAUAUAUAUAUUAGAUAAGCUUAUGUUUGAUUUGUAUGAAAUAUAA